GUCGCCAGUAUCGCCUUGCUGAUGACGGUGGUGUGUAGCAGCGGCAGCAACGGUGGAAACAGCAGCUCUGUGUGUCUAUCUAGUGAAUGGAGUAUGUCAGGUGGUCCUACCGAUGAUAACAGUCGCGGCGUCUGUGCGCGCGCGCUCUGCAAUCGGUCAACUAUAGCAAAACAACAGUGAGCAACAACUAAACAGCUCCGAAAUAAUUAACCACCCAAACAGGCCAGCAACAAUCCGGUAACAGACAACGAGCAUUCGGCCCACGCCCAACGGUUGCCUUCUGUUGCUAUUUAAAUGGGACAUAGUGACGGUAGCGGGUGUCAUACCGUCACUAUACACAAACAGAACUAACUCGCUCUGGCCGCUGCGUUCCUGUAAAUACUGUUCAAGUUCUUAUUAGUUACUAUUUUCUUUGUUGAUGAUCACGAAGUUGUUCGGCAAAGACGACCAGGCUGAUGACUAUUGUCAUGACAACGACAUUGUCGACUUCACUGUUGUACCGUUUUACCGUCUACGGUUAUUAACUUCCAGCAUUCGUCAACCUGUUUUUGCCCCAAAAAAAGCACCUGAUCAUGUGGUGACGACCGUGGUUGAUAUGACAACCGUUGUCAUUCGUACUGAGUGCGCGCCAUUUCCUUACCUAGCAAAAAAAUAGUUCUUGCCACCAUCGCGUGCUGAGGUGGUGCUCACGCCUUGCAAACCCCUCAUCUGCCCCGGUGGCUAUAGCCAUUUAAAAUGUGCUUGUUCUUCUCACAACAGUGAGUUGAGAUGAGAGACGUAUUUGUUGUGGAUAGUGCAUACAGAAACAUUGCAGAAUGCUAACUCAAUAGUGCAAAGCCUGCAAUUACUUAUCUGUCGGCUACACACGUACUAUCCACUCACUUGUGCCUUUACCUGUGGAUGUAUUGGUAUAUUUUUAAUUGGCCGUCUGCCUAUAUUUACAAUACCACCAUCAUCAUCAUCGCCAUCGGAUCGUACACGACGAUUUGCUUUCAUCUCAGCCGUAAAGGAUAAUUAAUACACGUAAUAAUUAUGGUAACAGAUGUCACUGUUGUCGUAGUUACUGAUGUAGUCGCAUGACAGUCUCGCAGAAGGGUAUUGUCUUUUUUUUUUUUUACCGCCACUCUUGCUACUGUUCACAGUGGUACCUCGUAUAGGUGGUAAUGGCGUGAAUAUCAACAACUUCCCGGAAAUGUGUAAAUAUUUGCAAUUACAUCGGCUCUGAUCGCUUGAAAAAGCUGUAAUCGUCCCGUGUUGGAUGGACGCUCAUUCAUUACGAUAUGUGGUUGUGCCUGUGCCUUUGUGUAUACUCGCGCCUUUCGCAACAACCCUAAUUGCCGCCGUCGUCGUCGUUAUUGUUGUGGAUCACAGUUUCCGCUCGGAUAUAGGAAAUGAUCAUCGUUUCUCAACAACGUGACGAUAUGCUCAAUGCAUCCUUAAGUUCAUCGCCGUUAUGGUAAUCCGCGUCUUCAUCGCGAUGGUGACACCAUUUCGCUCUAAAAUUAGCUGUGACCGCUAAAGACCUCUCUGAGCGCUCCCAGCAGCUUGACUUGCCCAGGCAUCUGCCGAAUUCGUCUAGCAUAUGCCGUGCAGAGACAACGGUCAUGCUCUUUAUUGUUUACCAAUUACCUAAUCAUAACCACGACAACGCCACAUAGACUGUUGAAAUCUGGCUAGUCCUCCAUUAGCUAAAUAGCAGACUGGCUGGCUGCGUUAAAUAGACCCACCUUGCCGACAAAGGCGCUCGGCGUUCAGUGAGUAAUCGCAAAUGCGCUCCUGGUCCCUGGGGUCGCCGCCACCCCACACCACCAGGCGCCAUUCAGCCUCCCCAAAUCUUCACGAGUGUUUUCGUCGCUAUUUCUGCCACUAUUGCGUCACUUCUACGAGUACAGCAACGCUUCCUGGUACUGCUUACGUUAUCGGCACUGUGACCACUGCGUGCCAAUGGCCACUUUGGUUGAUUGUCGGAAUCUCCAGCGCUUCCUCGAUGCGCUGUCCGCUUCUGUUGCUGAUUGCGACGCUCGUGGCGCUUCUUCUGGAACCCACGUUAACAGCGGCGGGCCAAAUCCACAAAGUCGGUUAUAUCCCGCAGUUUACUGGAAAUAUGGGCGGAAGCAAGUUGGGCUUGAAAAUUUCUGGCGCACUGUCGUUUGCCGCCGAGGAGAUCAACAAUUCAAGCACGAUUCUGGGCGACGACAAGGUGGAAAUUCUAUUCGAGGACGAAGGCGGAGAUCCUAAUGUGGCAACUAGAAUCGUUGUAGAAAUGUUCAACAAAAAUGUCUCGGUUAUCAUCGGGCCUGAGAACUUCUGCAAAACAGAGGCCUCCGUUGCAACGGCGGUUGGACUUCCCAUUUUCUCCUAUAAAUGCAACGACCCAAAUAUACGCAUCUUGGAAACAAAUAUGAUCAGUCUAGUACCAACUGAGAAAUAUGUUGUCGACAUGCUAUUUGCCCUACUACGACAUUUCAACUGGAAAAAGUUCACCUUAAUUUUCGAGGAAACGGAAAGCCGUCCUCUCCAAACAAAGUUGAAGGAUCGAGUAGCUGCUGAAGGCAAAGCGUUCGAGAUGAAGGAAGCGUACUACGUGCGACCUGGAAAUGCUAAAUGCGUCACCGUUUUGGUUAACCUACGGGAAUGUGACCACCACUACCUUUCUGAACUCAUCCAUCAGACAAAAGAUAACACCCGCAUUUACGUCUUCAUGGGUGAUGUCGCGAACCUUUCCCGAUUUGUUUUUGGUCUCGCAGCGAGGGGUUUGACAAAGCAUGGCGAGUACAAGGUUAUCUAUAUUACGACGGAUCACUCACUCAACGAAAAAGGAUUUAACGACGAAUAUAAGCAACUUUCAUCUAAUACAGAUUGGGCCCGGUCCGGUUAUAAUAUGGGAGCGGAGCAUACAUUGGCGAUCCUUCCUAGGAGUCCACGCGGAGAGAUUGAAGGUGACACGUUCGAGAAGCUAGUAAGAAGUUAUAACAAGCAAGCACCGUUCUAUCUUCAUUCGCCGUCAUCCUUCGGGGCUAAGUUUAUCUCUAUCUAUGCCUACUAUCUAUACGAUGCAUUGAUGACCUGGGCUAAUGCGGUGACGGAACUUCGCGCUGCUGGCAGGACUGACUGGAAUAAAGGAAAGGUCGUCGCGGGUCACAUCCGGAACAAAUCUGGAAUUCCCAGUCUAACGGGCAUUAAGUUACUACUGGAAGGAGAUGGCACCGUAGUGGGUGAAUACGAGUUGCUCAGCUUCAAAAAGCCAUUGGAACCUGACAGGCAAAUGGGAACCUUCGACGUCAUUGGCAGCUUCCAGGUGAAAAAUGGGGAAGUACUAUUGAACAUGCCCACAAAUCCAUUUGGGGACGAGAUUGUUUUGGAUGAACCUAGCUGCGGAUUCGAUGGAAUGCGUUGCCCGUCAGAAACGAACCUAAUCCGCAAAUGGGUGGCCGGUGCAUUCUGUGCUAUCUUAAGCGUUGUUGCCCUUGUGACUACUUUUAUCUACCGGAACUGGCAGUAUGAACAGGAAAUUGCCGGACUUUUGUGGAUGAUUGAUCGUCGUGAUCUCACUCCAUGCCAAAACACAGCUAUUUCAGCUGUUAGUAAGAUGAGUUUAGCUAGCCUGAAUUCCGGGAAUUCGUUACAUCUGUUAUCGGGCUCGCUGGACGUUUGCAACUAUCGUGGCGCUCUGGUAGUCAUCAAGAAACUUCAACUUAAAAGCAGAGGAGCAGGGGACAUACCUCGAAGAGUUAAGAAGGAAAUGAAGUUAAUGCGUGAACUCCAUCAGCAUAAUGUGAACCCCUUCAUUGGAGCCUUUGUGAGAGAGCCAAACGAAAUUGUGGUGUGCACCGAGUUCUGCUCGAAAGGAAGCCUACAGGAUAUUUUGGAGGAUGACGAUGUCAAACUCGACAAUAUGUUUAUUGCCUCCCUAGUCAUGGACCUAGUCAAGGGAAUUGAAUACCUCCACCAGAGCUCGAUUCGCGUUCACGGUAAUCUUAAGUCUACGAACUGUCUCAUAACAAACAAGUGGACCCUGCAAUUAUCCGACUUCGGACUUCACGAACUUCGCUUCACCACCGAUCAGUUGAUCCGAUAUGACGACGAGAUGCAGUAUUACAGAAGUCUUUUGUGGCGUUCUCCAGAGCAGCUGCGCGCCCGUGCUAAAAAUAUUUAUGUCUCGCCAUGUCAAAAGGAUGAUGUGUAUUCUUUUGCCAUCAUCUUACACGAGAUAAUGAGUCGACAAGGCGCUUGGGGAAGUUACAACAUGGAGCCGAAAGAAAUCGUAGCAAAGCUAUGUACCAUUCCGCUUUCGGAGAAAGACAUUUUUCGACCUUCGAUGGAAGAUAUUCAGUGCCAAGAUUAUGUCGUCAAGGUGAUUACCGACGGAUGGGCAGAAAACCCAGCAGAACGACCAGAGAUCACCGAUGUCGCAGUUCGUCUGAAGCGCAUGCGUCAGGGAAUGAAAACAAAUAUUGUUGACAAUAUGGUGGCUAUGCUGGAAAAGUACGCUAGCAAUCUCGAAGACCUUGUGUCUCAACGGACCCGGCUCCUUGAAGAGGAAAAAAAGAAAACAGAGAAUCUACUUCACCGAAUGCUGCCGGAAACAGUUGCAGCCCAGUUGGUGCGCGGAGAAUACGUCGUCCCAGAAAGUUUUGAUGCGGUCACAAUCUAUUUCAGUGACAUCGUUGGCUUUACUGAACUGUCCUCGUCCUCUACGCCGAUGGAAGUGGUAAAUAUGCUCAAUGAUCUGUAUACGCUAUUUGACUCCAUCAUCCGCAAUUACAAGGUGUACAAGGUUGAGACUAUCGGCGACGCCUACAUGGUAGUGUCUGGCCUGCCGGAGCGAAACGGAGAUCAGCAUGCUAGUGAAAUAUCCCUCAUGGCGCUUGAACUACUCGAUGCGGUUAAGACGUUUCGUAUCCGUCAUCGACCAAGUCAGCGGCUCAAACUUCGUAUUGGACUUCAUACUGGCCCAGUAGUAUCAGGAGUAGUUGGCCUCACAAUGCCACGGUAUUGUCUGUUUGGAGAUACCGUGAAUACCGCAUCACGAAUGGAAUCCAAUGGAGAAGCUUUGAGAAUUCAUGUAAGUUCUCAGACAAAAACUGUCUUGGAUUCCAUUGGAGGCUUCUUUGUCGAACGACGCGGAAUGGUGAAAAUGAAAGGCAAAGGCGAACAACUUACAUACUGGCUAAAGGGUCACAAGAGUGGUCCAUCACGCCGAAAAGAGCAGUCUUCUAUACCGCUGACGCCCCUAUUCAACGAACCGCAAGGGGAACAGACAGCAGGAACUCCCGGCAGAAGACAAUCCCUUAUACCCAUCACAGAUUCUGGGGAUACAUCUGUCUUGUCUACCCAUCUACCUGCACCUCUGCUUCCGAAUGGGGGAGCUAAAUCUGCCAGGACCCAUCCCAACAACUGCCUUAUUCAGAAACGGCCAUCACAAGUGAAGCUCCAUCAAUCUAAAUUCAUCAACACACCCCCGCUGUUUGCCGGCCUUCAGGCUGGUUUGAUGUGCAAAGAUCGGCGACCACCAACUGGCCCAAGCAUUAGCGACGAUUAUUCGAAUUCUUGUCUACUGGACAACGCGGAUCCUGGACCCGUACUACCGCACGCUAAUGAAUAUAACGAGACCGACGAUGAUAACGGAAUUUCGUUCCAUACCAAAAACAACCUUCUCAAUUUUACGGAUACGAACGUCGGUGUCGGGUCCUUCCGGGGCAAUGGGUCACUAAGUAACGCAAUCGCAGCACCGGAUCAUAUGAAUUCGACAAAUAUUGUCCUCACUAGGAGAAAUGGCGCCAAGCACCCGUCUUAUCUGCUUGCGCUACCCGUAGACGAGAGCUCGAGGCCACUUCUUCAACAAAGGACACCGUCGCCGUGCGAUUCUAGCGAUGUUGUUAACUUGCAACGGUCCGCAUGGCCAGACAUCUCUCGACACGUUGGAUCAAGUCCGGACUAUCAUCAACAGGACAGAAGGAAGGAUAGUUUAGCUAAACGCUGGAGGUCCUUCGACGACGAGCUGGCGACGAAAAAUCGCGACGGCACUGGAGCGGUCGAACAGGGUUUUCGUCCAAGAACAACAAGAUUCAAAAAGGCUGUCAACGAGAUACUUAACCUCAAUAAUAAUUGUACCCAUAGAGAUAGGGAAAGCAUCGUGUAGAUAUACAGCCGCUGCAAAGAGAAGAAGCAAUUAGAUACUGAUGAACAUAUGCUAAUUUUUAGAGCAGGUGUUAAAGUAGCAGGAAAUGGGACAAUUUUAAAUUGUUGUCUUUCGCCAGCGCCCUCACUUCAGCACUUGGAUAGCAGUUAGCAAAUUAAAAUGUGUAAAUGAUAACUUACAGGUGUAAUCGUAUAUUUAGGCGUUACGAGUUCAGCGUUUAGUACCUUCAUUAGGCGCACACUUAAUGGCUGGCUUCGAACGAAGCGCGCCUACACCCGGAUUCAGAUUCGGUUUACGUGAUGGCGUAACGGGUAGUGUAUCUUCCUGCUAAACCUAAGAAUGACGUGGUUGUCUGCGGUUGAAUCGGGCGUAGAUACACAGUUCGUUUCGUGCUGGGAACCAGCCGUAUGUAACGCCUAACGGCGGCAACGGACCUAAAACUCAAAACGUUUAGUGUAAUCGUACAUCAACCGGCGUGUUACGCGGUUACAUGACUCGUAACAUAUACUAUAAAUAGAUAUGUCAGGUGACUUCACGAGAGUAUCUAUCGGACACAUGUGUGUUUCUAGCUAGAAAAACACAUUGCUUACCAUGUGAUCAGUAAUAUGCCGUGUAAUUUAUAAUCUUCUACCUUAGGGUAAUGUUGCAUUUAUGUUUUAUGGAAUAUAAGUUACCAUUUAUAGACGUGUAUGGCAAAGUUGUAGCCUGAGGCUUCAUACGUGGUUGAUUCGCUUGCCUGGAGUGUGAACGACUUAUCUUGAUGUGUACAUGAAUCAGCUUUUCCUGUUUCAUAAUUGUCCCAUGUUCUACUCUUUACAAGUAAAAACACGAAUACUUCGACAGAUAUGAUGAAACAAGAAUACGACAGCAUUAUUUCAGCGUCGACUUCACUGAUGAUCUUCGUGAUGGCAUUAGCAUUCGAAGUUAUAACCAAUAUAUAUUCUUCUAAUUUUUACGAAUUGAAUUUUGAGAUAAAUGUACGCUGAUGAGCAAGCACGUCUUGCCUCCAGGUUUGGUUGUUUACACAUGCAACGCUCUUUCACGCUCCGUACGUCUGCUUGCGCCAUGAAAUUCCUGUCGAUCCGAGAUGUUUUAGUAAGCGGAAUACAUUCUUCACACUGAUGAGAAGGACGUUUUCGGCCUAUUUUUAACAGAUUACACGUGAUCUGUCAUUUGCCGAGCCUUCAAAGUUCAGCUCUUUUGCAGUCGUGCGUUCCCAUUUAUAUGCUUUCGGAGCCCAUGCGGAGGGCACGCAAGAAAACAUGUGUUAUUUGCUCGCAGCCUAAUUUUUUUAGGCCGAGACCGUUUCGAAGAACAUUUCUCCUACUUUUUUUGUUCUGACAUUGUUUACGAAUGGCCCUCUUCUUGGCGAUUACAACAGAAGUGUUAGUUCCAGGGUAAUCGUGUUCUUGACCGUUUCUUUAUUUUCGUUUUAGCCGAAGCGAUUAGAGCUAAGUGUGGCAAUAAAAUCUGCAAAAUGUAGGUCUCCGAAAUAUUUACGCCAGUGCCAAUAUGAUGCUGUAUUUGACUGCGAUAUGUAUGUCUUUAGCUAGGUUUUCCGGCUUGCUUCCGACUUCUUAUUUCGACCACAACCUCUUGAAAGGAUGCGCUGAUAUCUAACUCAAGAACAGUUGACUAAGAAUCUGGUCGUACCUUUACAGGUUUUCACUAUUUUUAUUUCUGACCAAGAGUACUUACAGCAGCUUUGCGCAGACGCGUUUCAACAACAUCGAUAGUUUCUGCUACUUGUGCGCACUUAACUAUAGUAGUGGUUAUCGAUGUUCCGUGCGAUAAGAGUUCAUAGGUUCCCACGGAACUCUGACCAACAAGAUUUUAACCUCCACUGUAGUACGCAAGUACGCUGUUUAAUAACAGUUUUUCUGAAUUGUCGCUAAGUAUCAUCACUAUUCAAAGAAUACAUUAAUUAACUAGCAUUUGAAUGUUUAAGCGUUCGAAAAACACCAGAGACUGUUCAUAGUGAAUCACCUAUUAGUUUACUAUAUUAUGAACAUCAAACGUAUAUAGCAGCGUACAACAAGUGUACAUUAGGCGCACAGGGAGGUUUAGAAAAAUGUAGGGCUUGAUAAAUUCCUGCUUUGCUACGACUCGCUAUUUCAAGUACAACUUAUCUCCACAUUGAGCAUUUUUCUUGUCAAAAUAUUAAAUAUUCAUAAUAGGCCUUUGCAUCAGUUCAUGCAGAGUAAUCUAUGGCUUCAAACAGGCGAACCUAUUACAAGCGUUCUCUAUAUGAAACGUACGAACAGCUGGCCUCCCUAUGGCGCUAUCUACAACAUGCGGGAGUAAGAAACAUAUCACAGUUUAUCUACAGUAAGCACCUGAUUUUUUUUUUUUUUUUGUAAAUGAAAGGCACAGUUCUCUUUGUGAACGCAUACUAAUAUAUACAUAUAUUGCAACAAGUGAUUCAUAUCAGAGUAAUUAGCGAUUGUUAAAUCAUUUCAGAGUAUAUUUUAAACUUGAACUAUAUCAGCGGGGCACCGAAUGCGUGUACAUCAAUUACUGUACCAGAAUGAUAAGUAAAAUAGUAGAUGGUGAUACUGAUGAGUGAAUAUAUUGGUGAAUUUUACGUGACGUAUGAUGAUUGGUCCUGCGUAAAGAUACGAGUGACUCGCAGAAAUUUUUAGGACGCAACACAUAGCCGUCACCAUUUAUCCGCUAGGAUAAGGAAAUUUUCGCGUAUGAUGAUUGUUCUAGUUGUAUAAAUAUAUUUAUAUAUAGAUGUAAAAAUGUGUUAUAUGGACUAUUUAUAUGAAAUUAACACGGCGGGUAUAGCAGAGUAAAAGUUGAACAAUAAAUGUUGUAUAUUUCCUCA